CUUCCCAUCCCACCCUGUUCAACUUUAGUGACCUACUCAGCCUUGAGAAAUCCUCUUUCUAAUCUCGGUUCCCCCUCCCGGUCCUUGCGCUGCUCGGCUUCCUGCGUACCUCUCCUCUCACCUGUUAGCAUGCUAAAGGUGAUGCCUGCCGGUACGGGCUUUUCUUGCGUUUUUUCGUUCUCGUCCAGGACUGAUAAAGGGUUUUUUGUCCACUGAUGUUCGAGUGGGGUCUGAUGUGUGUGAGUGCGAGGAUCCGUGGCUGUGCUUCGGCUGACUGAAGGAUGUAUCGUCUGCUGGUGGCGCAGGUUCUGCUGGGCUGCUGGAGUGUGGCACAACCUUUCUGCCCUUCCCAGUGCACAUGUGUCUACCACGGCCGCAGCGACGGCACUGGCAGCAGGUCUGUUUUAUGCAAUGACCCUGACAUGUCUGACAUCCCCGUCAACGUUCCGUUGGACACAGUGAAGCUGCGGGUGGAGAAGACAGCAGUGCGUCGAGUGCCCACCGAGGCCUUCUACUACCUGUCCGAGCUACGCUACCUGUGGAUAACCUACAACUCAAUCACCUCUGUGGAUCCGGGUAGUUUCUACAAUCUGAAAGUUCUCCAUGAGCUCCGGCUGGAUGGGAACAUGAUUGCUACUUUCCCCUGGGAGUCCCUGAAAGAAAUGCCCAGUCUGAAGACUUUGGACCUACAUAACAAUCGCUUGACUAGUGUUCCUGUGGAGGCAGCACCCUACCUGAUUAACAUCACCUACUUAGAUAUUUCUAGCAACAAAUUAACUACUCUCCCGUCAGACCUGGUGGACAUCUGGCCUCCGUUUUCAGGCAUCCAGCCCAGUGCCAACACUUCACAGAAGACUGUUCUUGGUCUGCAGGACAAUCCCUGGUACUGUGAUUGCCGGAUUUCCAAGCUGAUCGAGCUCUCGAAGAUGGCCGGCAUACCGGUGGUGCUGAUGGAUCAGGUCUUGACAUGCAGCGGUCCAGAGCAUUUAUCUGGAGUUCUGUUCCAGCGAGCUGAACUGGAUCAGUGCGUGAAGCCGACAGUCAUGACUUCAGCCACAAAGAUCACUUCACCGCUGGGAAGUAAUGUGCUUCUGCGCUGCGACGCCAAUGGUUUCCCUACGCCAACCCUACUGUGGACCACAGCUGAUGGAUCUGUGGUCAACAACACAGUUGUACAGGAAUCUCCAGGCGAAGGCGUACGCUGGUCCAUCCUCAGCUUGCACAGCAUCGUGUUUAAAGACGCAGGCGACUAUCGUUGCAAAGCCAAGAACGUUGCGGGCAACGCAGAGGCCUACAUCACCCUGUCUGUGGACGGGGUUCAGCCCACGACACCAUUCCCACCCAUAAACAUCACCAAGCAGCCCGAAGACCAGCCCACGACUACUUUCACACCCACUAAGAUGCCAUUGUUUACCUCCUUAAGCCCAAUCACAAUCACAACCAGACCCGUCAUGACCACAAUGCCACCGCUAACAACCAGAAAGAGUCCGAUCCCGGGCGGAGGAGUCCAGAGGUCCCCACCUGCCGGAGACAAACCUGCUAAAGUCCAGCAAAGCAAGAACGGGAAGGGCUCAAUAAAGAAGUCGGACAUCAGAGACAUCGAGGUAGUAGAGGAGACCACUGAAACGGCGGUCUUAUUGUGGAGCGCCGAAGGUUUGCCAAGCGACACGCCACUAACAGUGGUUUACUUCCCAUAUGACGCCAAAGACGAUAAGGAGACGGUGGAUACAGAAGUUGGUCAAGGGAAGCUGCUUUUGGAGUAUUUGAUGCCUAAUCAGGUCUACACUGUGUGUUUGGUUACUAAGAGUUCUGGGAAAGAGCAGUGUGUGGAUUUCAGUACUUUGGAAAUUGGUGGAGAAGAAGGCCAGAAUAAAGUCUUGAUGAUCGCUAGCGCGAUUGCAUGCGCUAUCGCGGUGCCGCUCAUCGUGGUGUUGCUUUACAAGAUAUUGUGUCUUUAUUGCAAAGGAAACAGUAGCAGGAAUAACGGACCAGAUGAAGACCUUUCCAAAGACACCUACGUGAAGUUCGAGACGCUCACCAUGAAGCAGAGGACUCUAAACGGGCAGGCCAAUGAUCUGUGGGCACGAAGACAGACUCAAGAGUCGGAGAGGAUGUUACUGUGUUCGCGUUCGAGCAUCGACUCGCAGAUGACAUACAAAAGUGACAGCUCUAGAUCUGAGUAUCUGUGCUAAUGUAUUGACCAUCGGCUUUGUGUG